AUGGCUUUUAUUGUGGAUCAACAACAAUCGGACUUUAAGCACGUUUGUAGAAUUUGCAAGAAGGGAUUUGGGUCAGGGCGAGCACUUGGUGGGCAUAUGAGGGCGCAUGGAAUAGGUGACGAGAGUGGCCACAUUGACGACGACGAUCAUGCAAGUGAUUGGGAAGAUAAAUUAGGAAGGAAUGUUCCACCUAGCAAUAAGCGCAUGUACGCGUUGCGAACCAACCCUGAUCGAUUAAAGACCUGUAGGGUUUGUGAGAAUUGUGGGAAGGAGUUCCUGUCUUGGAAAUCGUUUCUCGAGCACGGUAAAUGUAGCUCCGACGAUGCCGAAUCGCUUGUGUCCUCGCUCGGCUCGGAUGGCGACAAUGACACAAUGAGGCGAGGUUGCAGGUGGUCCAAAAGGAAAAGAUCGUUUAGAGCUAACGUGGAUGAUUUCAGCUCCUUUUCGCCGUCGAGCGAAGAAGAAGAUCUCGCGAAUUGCCUAAUGCUGUUAUCGAAUGCAGCGGUUGAUCCUUUCGUAACCGAGCUGGAGGAGUCUUGUGCUUCGGCCAGCAAAGAAGAGGAAAGAAGAAACACAGUGCAUUUCAUUGCUCCUAUUGCAUGUAGGGUAGCCAUGGACAAAGCAAAAGGCGUUGCCAAAGGGCUGUUUGAGUGCAAAGCAUGCAAGAAAGUGUUCAAUUCUCAUCAGGCAUUGGGAGGACAUAGAGCUAGUCACAAGAAGGUUAAGGGAUGUUUCGCAGCCCGGCUGGAUCGUAUGGACGAUAGCCAAGCAUAUGAUGUUCCCACACACGAAGAGUUUUUCCCUAGGAAAUCACUGUCAUCUUUGCAAUUUAAUCAAGGAACCAGCACUCCAUUGGCUUCUGCACCCAAAAAGAAAUCAAAAGUACACGAAUGUUCAAUCUGUCACCGGGUCUUUUCAUCAGGACAAGCAUUGGGAGGACACAAAAGAUGCCAUUGGAUCACUUCGAAUUCGCCCGACACUUCCUCUUUGGCUAAGUUCCAUCAGUUCCAAGAUCGAACGGAGCCGAAGUUCAUCAACAAUUCCGAGCCACUCAAUCUUAAGCUUGAUCUCAAUCUUCCUGCAGCAACUGAGCAUCACGAUAUUGUACGACGGAAUCACGAUAAUCCGUUAGGUUUCAACGUUUCGACCGGAAUUUAUUUACAGCCAUGGUUAGGAGGCGGUGAUGCCAAAGAUAAAGAAGAUAAUCAACACCAACUGCAACAGGUUGACAAUCAAACCAAAAAUGAUCAUUGUAAUAGUUUUAUGCAAAAUGCAGACGACGAAACUGACAGAAAGUUGAAGCUAACAAAACUAAAGGACAUCAAUAUGAGUGGAGGUUCAUCCCUGGCUGCAAGUUGGGAUUGGUUAUUUGAACAAAAUUAA